UUCUUAAUUCUUAGGAUGCACCGUUCAAGUGGAUAUAACGAUUUCGAAUGGGCGACCAAUCUAAAUCGAUGUAUGUUAAAAAUUGUCGGUAUGUGGCCACUUGACAACCGGAACUCGCGUCAAAUUGUAAAACUCAAAUUUCAACGGCUGUGCUGUUUGACCACAUUACUUUUCGUAGUCACAAUACCGAGUUUAAUAUCAUUGAUAAGAGUAUGGGGUAAUAUGAUACUAAUGAUAGAUAAUAUGCAAUAUAGUCUACCUCUGUCGAUGGCAGCUUUAAAAAUCUGCAUUAUUUGGUACAAACAAGAAGUUUUAGUCCUUCUAAUUGAUAUGGUUAAAGAAGAUUGGAUAAAGGUAAAGAUUAAAGAGGAGCGAAACGUUAUGCUGAAGUACGCCAGAAUUGCUCGAACGCUUGCUGUGUGUGGAAUGUUCAUGGUAUUUUUUUCAAUGAUCACUCUGUUUGGUUUACCGUUUUUCAAAAUAACAAAGAGAUAUGUGACUAAUUUAACCGAUUUUGAAAAACAUUUGCCGAUACCAACAUACUACUUGCACGAUGUAACCAAGAGUCCACAGUACGAGCUAACGCUACUGGCGCAAACAUUCGUAACGUCCAUGGGCGCUAUUUCUUACUCUGCAAUCGACAACUUGUUCGGACUAUUAGCUUUUCACGUAUGCGGUCAACUGGAACUUUUACAUUUGCGAUUGAAACAUAUGAAAAAGUAUCCCAACUACAAUGAAGUUUUAAAAUAUAAUGUCCAAGAUCACGUUCGUUUAAGCAGAUCUAUCGAAAUCAUUGAUGAUAUCUUCAAUUUAAUGCUACUUGGCCUGGUACUUUAUUUUGCUAUACUAUUUUGUCUGGAAGGAUUUCUCAUAGUUAAUGUUAUUAACCAGAAAGACCAAUUAUCAGUUAUGCAGUGGGCUUGGUUUAUCGUACCGACUAUAUCUUUUCUUUUGCACAUGUGUCUUUAUUGUGCCGUAGGUGAAAUUUUAUUGACGCAGAUAUAUUAUGUCUAUGGUCGUGCCCGACCGAAAUUGGCGCUGUCGUGCUUCGGUCACUUACGCUCCUAUUCAAAGCUAUUCGCACGAUUGCACUGUCAUGGCGCUGGCGGUGGCGCGGUCGUGGAAGACGUGACUGUUACGGGCGCAUCGUAA